CAGUCUUCUCCUGUCCAACCCUAACUGGAUGGAGAACUCAGUUGGGGUGGUUGGUUUGAGCUCCUGCUGUAGAAGAAGACCGGAAGAGAGGAAGUGAGAAACUACCAUAUCAACAAACCAGGAUGUAACGAAGCGCAGACCAGAAUGUCAAGUGGAACAAAAGAGACUUCUCGGUACACGCCUUCGUGCCCGACUCAACGGACAUAAUUAACCAGCAGCUAAACCGGCUAACGCUAGCUAACCUACAUUGUGGGGGAAACUAGCUUUGAAGUGCGGACUGUUUUUAAACUAAAUUUAAAUGGACCACUGCGGUCUGGAGUCUACAGCUUACAUUUAAGCAGGAUCUCCGCUAACAACACUGAGUUAGCAUCAGUUAACUCGCCUGGUUAAUAAGACACAGACUGGCUGUAUGAAGUGGAUUUCCCUGCCUGUUUACAGUUGAAAGCACCCUUGUUUGAGUAGAUCUCUCUGGCUUCUACUCACCAUGGCAGCAGUGGUAAACUACUCUCCACCAUGGUGGGUGAACCUGCUACACAGACUGCCUCACUUCAACUUCAAGUUCGAGCAAACAAGCAGUGAUUUUCAACCAGAAGAAUGGACGUAUCAACAGUCCAUCCUGUUGCUAGGUGGUGUGGCGCUUGCCUGUCUGGCUCUUGACCUCCUGUUCCUGCUCUUCUAUUCCAUUUGGCUGUGCUGCCGACGAAACAAAGAAGAGGAGCAACCCAAUGCCGACUGCUGCUGCACCGCCUGGUGUGUCAUCAUCGCAACGCUUGUGUGCAGUGCUGGCAUUGCUGUCGGUUUCUAUGGAAACGGUGAGACUUGUGAUGGAGUGAAUCGACUGACGUAUUCCCUCCGCCAUGCUAACCGCACAAUCACUGGAGUGCAGAAACUGGUAAAUGACAGCACGUCUUCACUGAACCAGACAGUUGAUGACAAUCUGCAACAGCUUGAGGCCCAGUAUGCAGCACAUGAAGACUACCUGUCUAUCAUCCAGAAGCUGCAGGGCCAGCUGGAUGAGCUGGUCAGACAGAUGGUGGAGAUUCCCUUCUGGGACAACACCAACAUGUCCCUAGAAGAUUUGGCCAUCAAGAUUGAGUUGUUUGACUGGUACAGGUGGCUGGGCUACAUAGUCCUGCUACUGUUCGAUGUCCUCAUCUGCCUUCUGGUGCUGUUUGGCCUCAUUCGCAACUCCAAGGGAACACUUAUAGGGGUGUGCUUGUUUGGUGUAGUGGCUCUUAUAAUCAGCUGGGUCUCCCUGGGGAUGGAGUUGGCUGUCUCUGUGAGCUCCAGUGACCUUUGUGUUGCUCCUGACACAUAUGUUACCAAAGUGGUGAAUCAGUAUGGUGUCAUCAAUGAAGAUAUCCUGCAGUACUACCUUAGUUGCAGUUUGGAGCAAACCAACCCGUUUCAACAGAGGCUUUCUGGGAGCCACAAAGCGUUGGUGGAGAUGCAAGAUGAUGUGUCCGAGUUGCUGCGCUCUGCCACCAGAGAAUAUGAACAAACCAGGGGAAGUUUGGAAGAGAUCCAGGGUAUUCUGAACACCACAGAGAUCAGCCUUCAUCAGCUCACUGCGCUGGUGGACUGCCGCAGCCUGCACAUGGACUAUGUCCAGGCCAUGACGGGAUUGUGUUAUGACGGGCUGGAAGGCCUCAUCUACCUCGUUCUUUUCUCCUUCGUGACUGCUCUCAUGUUCAGCUCUAUUAUUUGUAGUGUGCCACACACAUGGCGAAUAAAGCGGAGCGAUGACGAGAGUGAAAUAGAGUCUCUGAGCCACGGUGGAAGGCAAAACCAUGACAACCUGUACCGGGUCCACAUGCCCAGCCUGUACAGCUGUGGCAGCAGCUACGGCAGCGAGACCUCCAUCCCGGCUACAGCCCACACCGUCAGCAAUGCACCUGUCACAGAGUACAUGGCUCAGAAUUCCAACUUCCAGAACUCUCGGUGUGAAAACACACCUCUGAUUGGACGAGAGUCUCCUCCUCCCUCGUACACCUCCAGCAUGAGAGCGAAGUACCUGGCCAACAGCCGAGCAAAUCCCAACACCCCUCCCACCCACCAGACGCAGCCCAACUCAUCCAGUCCGCAGCACUGAUGUCUCUGAACUCUCCUCCAGUCCAUCAGUCCUUUCAUUCAGUCUUCUGUGUCUUGCUUCCAUUUACUGUCUCACUUUAUUUAAACCAAAUGUGCUUUUUGGUGGUUGGUUAAAGCAGAAACAUUGAGUAUCUCGUGAUUCAGGAGUGCAGAUGCUACUACUCUUUUGUUUACUACAGCAUAAAUGUCACUGGUGCUGAGGCUGAACUGAUGUGAAGGAGCCUGGACUUUUUUUGUCCUUACAUGAGUGCAUCAUGAGCAGUACUGUGUCACACAUCCGACAAGGCGUUGCCAUGUUAAGGAAGUGCUUAAAGAAUAACACUGGCUGUUUUGUAAAGUACUGUACCAUACUCUGUCUUUACAGUGGGAUAAAUACCUGACACUUAACAGAGGAGUACUCCGUUUUCUUCUCACCUGAGACCCAGCAUGGAUCCAGCUGUGUUUUAGUAUAGAUUAAUGUACAGUGAAAACUGUGGCUCUUCAGGACUCCUUCCCAUUUGUUGAGCUUGAAAAGCAGAUUUAUGUUGAUUACUGUAUAUGGCGCAUACACCACACUCCUGGUGCAUUUUGUUUUGAAUCUGAUGUCUGGGACCAGUUUCAUUAUAGUUUUGCACAUUCGAUGGAAGUUUCUUUCUCUAAUUUUCUUGGGACACUAUUUUUUCCUGUGGCUUUAUUUUUUUAAUGGUGUAACGAGCCCCACUUCCACAGCAGUGACUGUAAAUCGUGAAGCUGUGAACCUGGCGUAUGGUUUGAUUUAGACAGAGAUGAGCGAUUUAAUGAACCUGUGGUGAGUUUGAUAUAUAAGAUAGCCUUUUAUAUAACUGGAACUUUUUUUUUUUAAUUACAGAUGAUGGUGAGACAGGAUUGUGUGAUCACUGCACACUUUUACAAUAAUUUGCAGGACCCUGUCUUCACCUAACUGCUCAUAAUGCUUUCCCUUUUCCUGUAAAGCUUCACAUCAUUUAACAGAGCUGAGAACAAACUCACCAUUUUACUCUGCCAGGCAGCGAUUAUCCCAACAGGAGUUUUAAUCCAGAUUUACAAUUAAAUUAACAUCUCUUAGAGAACUUCCAAAAGAAAUGUUAUGCAUUGGCAAUGCAGUGUCUCCCAAAUGUGUUUUAGCAUUUAUAUAUAGAUAGCAGGUGAGUGUGUGCUGUGAAGGGACUGUUAACAACUCUGCUCUUUGUAAAAAAAAAGAAGAUUUUCUCUUAAAUUUUCCUGUCCAAGCAUGACGAACCUUCAUACGUGGAGUGAGACGUUUGUACCUCUGCAGCCUCAGCUUGCUUCUCUUUGAUGUGCUCUGUACAAGAGGCGAUGUGGAGACUGUGCCAACAAAGUUAAGCACAACUCUUUUACUAUCUCUGUAUCUUUUUAAAUGUCUUUACUUGAGUGGACAGCUCCCAAGCGGCUGUGACUUUUUCCAUUUAUGCUUUCUUCAAUAUUACUACACUGAUGCAGUCUCUUUGUUUUUUGGGUAGAAGUCAUUUUCUCUUUGUAAUGCGAUGACGAUGUACAGAUCAUAAUUACAAUUAAAUGCAGUUAAAAUGUUCAGAAAUUGACAUUUUUAAUUUCUUAAAAAGCUUAUACAAUUUUACGCUUCUAUUUGUUUUGCUUAUAGAUUUUUUUCUCUUUUCGUAAGUGUAGAAUUGGCAAACACAAGUUGUUGCUAAAUUAAUGUGAAAUUUAAAUAGAUUUCAAAGUUUCCCUGUUUUUUUUUUUUCUGAAAGAAAUCAUUGUAGAUGUGAUCUUUUUUUAUACAUCAUUUUGUAAUGUGUACAUGUAAAAGCUGUGGUGAUAUUGAGUUGAAUGCUGUUUUGAAAUAAAAAGAAUCCUUAACCUAG